GUUCGAGAGGGGUUCGAGGAGCAAUCUGGUUACUGCCGAUCAAAGCAGUCGUGCCAGUGUUGGGAAUGUUUUCUCCGAGGGGGAUGGCUGGAGGGGGGUCAGCAUGGGGGGAUGUCGAAGAAGAGGACAAGAAUGAAGAUACGACAGAUGAAAAGAGGGAAGAGGGGGAUGCACAAACAGGAGGGCAAAAAGUAUGGGUCUUAUACCCCAGCAAGCUCCCUUUACAAUCAGACUUGACAGAAACUGCCGUCCAAUCAUGUGCUGGGUUCCUUGCGGAAUACAAGGCUUACAUUGAGACACUUUGGGCCCUUAUGGCGGCCUCAUUGAGGCUGGAAACAUGCACAAAACACGAUGCACUUUUUUUUCCUUUCCUGGGGGAAAUGCCCACGCCCCGACCCCGACAGCUAAUACAAAAGUCCCGACUCCCGCCCACCAUUACGCAUCCGUCGGGGUUCCAAUGA